AUCAGAAUUUUAUUCAGUUUCAAUUGUUUAGCGAGUGCGGAUCGGCGACGAGUGCGAACGGCGAACGGCGACGCAGCGAAAACAAACCAAACGAAACGGCCUAAAAGUGAAUUAAACUAAAAUAACAAAAAACUAACUAAAAAAAAAGCGCCACAACCAAUAGAAAAGCUAAAACAAGAAACUAAAAAAAAGAACCAAAAAAAAACUUAAUUGAAAUUAGGUGUGUGAAGAGAGAUGCUUUCUUUAUGUCAUUAGCCGAAAUUUUGGAGAUUUUGAGAUUUUAAACAAAGUGUCAAAGCGAAACGGAAACUCCCGUUAUAUUCGCAACAUUUCCCAGCUUAAUUUCCCUCGCCAAGCGGAAAGCCUCUUGCCCCAAAUCGUGUUCCAAAAGAAAGAAAGUCGAAUGGCGCAAAAUAGCAACGAUUUUUCCUCCAGAAACGAAGAAGUUUUUAUAGAAGUAUUCUUUCCCCUGUCAGCUUUUAAUUAACCACUAAAGUUUUUUCCCAAGUUUUUUUUGGCAACAAACAACAAAAAAAACUAUUAAAAUUAUAUUAUUAUUGUUUCUGGGGAUUACUAGAUGGCAUUGCGAUGACAAAUGCUGGAUUUACGCAUUGAUGAGCACUUUGUAAUUAGAAUUUUUAAUUAUCGGAGUGACUUCCUAGGAGCGUAGGAGUAGAAAGGUCAUAGGUGGUGCUGGGUGUGCAGUGGUCUCUGACGUCAUCACGUCUGUCUGUAAGAAGGCCCGAAGAGUUUGGCAACGCUUGGUUGGUCAGGUUAUUGACUCCCACACCCCACCCAUCAUAAUUAUGUAGAGACGGUUUCUUCCGCAACCGCAGAAUCUCUUCUCAAGCUCUUCCUCUCUAAUAGUCUGUCUCUGACUCAGUCUUGGCCCGAACGAACCCAUAAAUAAAGCAGAUCUUGGCUCAUUUUUAACGAUCUGCAUAUUUUGGCAACAUAAUUAACGGUGAAAAGAAUGUGAAAAGUAGCGAAUCGUAACGCGAAAGCCAGAAAAUAAAAGAAACAAAAUCCAAGAAGAAACAAAGCAUCAAACACGCGACUGCAAAGAAAGGCGGAAGAAAGAGCAGAAGGUUUCUACGCGCCUCGCCGCGAUCGCCGUCUCUCAGUUCGCAAUCUUCCGUCCAACCCAUCGGUGCCUCGAGCAAUUCUUCUGGCCCAAAAGUCCGUCCCAGUGAAACCGGCGAUAAUGCCCAAGGGAAGUUCCAACAAGCGAGCCAAGUGAGAGCCCGUCCGAAAGAAAGCUCAAACGGAUAUUGGACAUAUCCGAUCAGAUAUAUAUCAUUCCCUUCAAAAAAAAAAUAAAAAGAAAUGAUUGCGAUUAGCGAUAAUAAUUUCGGGCGGCGAUUAAAGUACCUGCUGGUCGCAUUUCACCUGAUCAGUACCUGGGAUUCCACAUCAGCGUUGACGGUCGACAACCAAUUGGUCUCAGCACGCAAUGACUGCUUCGAACGGAUCGCACUGGAGGCGAUGCUGCCAUUUGAGAAGACCUUCCGCACCGAAGACACCAACUCGCUGAAGAUGUGCAAGGAGAAGUGCCUCCAGGCGGGGGAGAAGUGUCAGGCCAUCUCGUUCGGUGUUCAUCGACGCGGAAACGGCACAUGUCAAUUGUCGUCGGAGCAGUACGGCUCGGGGGGCGGCGGACGGCCGGGGGGCGUGAUUUUCGAUCCCGACUUUGAUCUGUACACGCGCAAGACAAACUGCUUCGACUUGAGCGACAAUUCGAUUGGCCCCGGACCUCUGCCCAUCCCGGGUCCCAGCCCCAUCUCACCUGGUCCGACGCCGGUGGAUCUUCCGAAUCGACCCCUGGACGUGGGCAAUACGCCAGUGUUGGUGGUGAACCCAACGCCCCACACGGACGGACCACCGCCGCCGCCCUCCCUCGGGCCACCCACGCCCUCGCUGGGGCCACCGGGAGUGGGCGAUCGCCUCUACUUCUCGCACGAUCUAUAUCCGCUCUACAAGUAUCCCACUCUGUACGAACACAACUAUCCGGCUCCGAACGAGGAGGUCUACAUACCAGGUGGCUAUGCGGCCAAUGUCCCGGAAGUGGACGAACGCUAUCGCCCCCACUAUGGUCCGUCAGAGGAUGAGGGCCCACGGCCCACGCCCCAUGGUCCCCCAAGGCCCAUUUUUGGCCUGGGUUACGGCAAUGGGUAUAGCUACGGAUCUCCGGAGAGAUAUACUCCGCCAACAAUAAGACCACCCAGUGGAUCAUCCGAAGAAAGUUAUGCCAGGCCACCACGACCCACCGCCGAUCGUCCCGACUAUCCGCCAGGCCCACCACGACCCACCGCCGAUCGUCCGGAUUAUCCGCCAGGGCCACCACCACGUCCCUACGAAAGCUCCACGCCAUCCUCCUACGGACCACGCCCAAGUCCCACCUACGAUCCGCAUCGCGAACCACGGCCGGAUUACACAAAUCGUCCGGAUCCACCACCGCAAGCGCCCCACGAUGGGUACGGCAUGAAUGGACCUUCGGCACGCCCUCCACCACCCUACGGAGGCUCCCCGCCUCCACCAAGAGACGAUUACGUCCGCAGGAAUGGAAGUGUCAUGCGGCCCGGAGACGGUUACGGCGCUUAUGAUGAUGACAAAAGCAUAGCCACCUACUUUAAUCCCGAUGAUUUUAUGCAAGGAGGCAACAAACGUCCCAUGCCUGGCGAUAGAGAUCGAGAUCGUCUUGGUUACCCCAUGGACGAGCUAAAAGCUUGCUUCCGGCGAGUCCUGGCCGGAAAGCGAAUAGCACCACACUGGGUGCGUCGCUCCAUUUCCUGUGAACGUGUAGAGGAGUGCAUGCGCGAGUGCGGCCGGGAGAGGCGCUUCAUGUGCGAAGGUUUCAACUACCGGCUGGAUCCUUCCGGUCAUGGGCAGGGUGACUGCGAGCUGGUGGAGAUGCCAUUAGCCCAGAUGGACCUCUACUCCAGCCCGGAUCGUCGGGAUGCCAACUUACUGCGGCAUCCGGAUUAUGACUACUAUGAAAGGGAUCGCAAUGCCCCGUCUAGCUGCCGACGAAAUGCUUGCCAGGAUUGCUCCAAAGGACUAAUAAGCAGUCAGCCAGUGUACUUCAAGCCCAGUGGAGGAGGAGGAGGACCUGGAGGUUAUGGAGACAGGGACAGGGAUCGUGAUCGGGAUCAGUAUCGACCACCGAUCAGCACGGCUGUGGAUCACUAUCGGGGUCCCUCGGGUCCAUCAAGCGGCUCUUACGAACACCGACCGCCCUUCUCAGCGGAAUUCCAUGGCUCACACAGCUCCUCUUCCUCCUCGUCAUCGUAUGAGUUCUCCUCGCAUGGCUCUGGUAGCAGUUCGGGUUCUAGUUCCGGCUACUUUGGCCACACCCCGCCCAGCAGCUUUGGCGGGGACCAUCCCUAUGUAGAUCGCCAUGAUUCGCCACACUAUCGACCCGGAAGACCUGAUCGAUGGGAGACUCUGCCUAGUAGCUCCGGUUAUGAUAGCUCCGCUUAUAGACCACCACGCCCGGAAACCGAUCGCAUUGACAAGUACCGGCCUCCUUACAGGCCGGGUCCGGAUUUCUCGCCCUACCGCCCACCGAGUCGACCGUCUCACAAUUAUCUGGACCGCGACGGAGCAGGUUCGCCAGGAGCACCUGGUCCCUAUAAGAAGCCCAAUAAGUUUGUUCCAUACCUGAUCGGUGGAGAGGAUAAUUGGGGACAUUACGGCGGAAGUUACGGCGGCAGCAGCAAGCACUCCUCCUCGUCGUCCUCCUCCUAUUGGGGACUAAGUGAGUCGCAACGUCGCAAGGACCAGCAGGACUUUAAUUACUUCCAGCUUGGAGGACCCCAUCGCGAUUCUAACUCAGUGCUUAGUUAUCCGGGAUCUGGCUAUGAAGAUGAUUAUCCCAGACGCCGCAAUGACUAUCGCCAGCAGUGGACUAGGAGACCAGGGCCGGAUGAAUGCUCGGCCAAGACCAGUGAGGGCUUCCGUUUGCACAAAACCGCCGUAAAACACGCCUACAAUGUGCCCACUUUGACGGAAUGCGAAAGACUCUGCUCGGAUCAGCGUCCCAGCUUUAUUUGCCAAACGUUUAGUUACCGGUACAACCAGGCGGGACGGGACAACUGCAUGCUGUGCGAUAGGCCCAUUAAUAUGCUGGACUACUACGUGGACAUAGAGCCCGAUCGCGACUACGACAUCUACUCCAUGGCGGACGACAUGGAUGUGUGCCGGCAGCCACCACGUCGCCAUGAUACGGGACCUACCACCGCCCUCUCGGAUCCUAGAAAUGCGCAAUGCUUUUUCCGUGCUAUCGAUGCCACACGGUUCUUCAAGUCCAUUGUGCGCGACUCCCUGACCGUGCGAUCCGUGGGCGAAUGCGAGAUGGAGUGUAUCCGGUCUACGAAGUUCACCUGUCGGGCCUUUGCCUUCCGUUAUGGACAACAGAGACAUGCUGGAGUUAUCGACAAUUGCCAGCUGAGCGAUUGGCCAGUGCGGGAUAUGGACAAGGAGCGUCAUCUUAUUCUGGAUGCCGCUUUUGAUAUAUUUGAAAGAGCCAGCUAUGGCCAUGGCUGUGAAAUCCAGCCCAUAGUGGAUGAAAAGCACAAGAAACUUUGCUAUUUGGGUUAUGGAUCACCCGCUAGAUUACUUCCUCCGGCCAUCAAAAAAGUGAUAUCUGUGCCCUCGGAAAUGGCCUGCAAGAAGGAGUGUGUUCGUUUCCGGGAAACAACUCCCUUCAAGUGUUUUGCCUUCAGUUAUGGCUCCCGUGCCAGUUCCUUUAAUUGCGAGCUCUCAGAUCUGGAUCAGACAGAACUUAAACUGGAUGUCCACUAUACACACACCAAGGACCGUGACUUCUGGCUGUUUGCCUGGAAUCCUUUCGACUGGACCUGCCGGGACAAGGUCAACACCAUUGGGGGAUCGCGGGUCAAUAAUGACCGGCGCAUGGAUAUCUUCCGGGAACCGGGCGACGUGGCCUGGCGCCACUACACCGUUUCCGGCAAGCCCUGCCGCCGAAGCAGCCCCUGUGAGAAGAAUCUGGUCACGGGCUUCUACUCUUGCGAGACGGAUGGAGCCGAGGUCGGAUCCUGGGAUUACUGCUGCAAGGCGGAUCAUCCCUGCGGCUACAGUCGGGGCUUUGAUUAUCCGUGGUGCUUUGUUGGCGAUGAGCCAGAUCAGUGGCGCAAGUGCAGUGAUCGUUACUUCCCCGGAAAGAACAGCACACAGCCCGGACCUGGGCACAGCCACACUCACUCCCAUUUGGCUCAGCCCAGUGGCAAGGAGAAGCAGAAGCAUCCACAGCCAGCAACGGCGGCCAGUAAUGAGUACAGCCAACAUCCUCCGAGGCCCGGAGGACUCCAGAGCCUCAGCGACUUUGCCGCCGCCCGUCUGUGGCCCGUGACCUACCUGUACAGUGAGGGCCCACCCAAUGCCACCGAGUUCAGCAACUUUGUCGACUGCAACAAGGAGUCGUGCUAGUAGUACGCUAAUAUUUGUAGAUCCAUAGACCUUUAAGAAUUACGUAUAUAAUAUACAUAUGUACAAUAGCAGCCACGAACCCCGAAAAAAAUCCCAAGCAGAUGUACUCGAGCGGCAUUGUUUUGUGAUCAUCAUUGAGAUUGGAUAAACCAUUGUCAUCAUUGAAUCAAGCAAACCCAAUUAACUUAUUAACUUAACUCCCCCGAAUGCCGGCUGCAUGGAUCUUAAUGACAGCUUGCGUGCAGGCAUUUUUUCUACCUAUAAGCUGAAUUGUAUGUAUUAUUAAUAAAAUUAGUUUGUACG